AUGAGUCUUACUUCAGCCAUUAAGUCGAAUAUCCGGGGAGAUGUUUGGCCCGGUCUCCCCAAACGAUUCCAGUCCUUCCUUUUCUUCCGUGUUCAAAACAAGGUUGAUUUCAAGAACCGGCUGAAGACGUUUAUUCCCAAGAUCACAACGGAGUCCGUUAAGCUCGAAGGCUUACCUGGAAUCAACAUUGGCUUUACCUCUACUGGCCUUGAAGCACUUGGAGCUUUUGUGAAUGUCGCCGGAUCAGACCAUCGUAAAAAGGACAGACAGCUAUCUACUGUCUUCCGGAAGCAACAACUUCGUGGUGGACUGUUCGAAAAGGGCAUGUAUGCGGAUCUUGUGGGUGAGGGGUGGGACAACCCCGACGAGCUUCGAGAGCAAUACAAGCCAACCGCAAAGGAGGUGAUUUUGGAUACCAAGAUCAGCGAGGUGAAGCAACAUUUCCUAGCCGAGGAGGGAGAACCUCUCAACCCAGACACCUAUGUCCUCCGUAAGAACCCCUCUAUCGAGUUUACCUUGACCAGAGAGGGGAAAUGUUCGUCCAGGCCAGAUGAAAGGAAAAGAACAGUAAUUACUUAUCAAAAGCCGGAGAGUCUUCACGGGCCAGAACUUACCUUUAUAUUCAGCUUUGAUUCAAGGAUGGCAUUAGCCAGCCGAUACUCGAGGAGCUGGGAUGAAGAGACAACCCGUUGGAAAAGAACCCAAGGCCACAAAGCCAGGGUUGAUUGUUUGCGGGUACGGGGCGACCAUAUGGGCCAACCGGCGUGGGCCAAGGAUGGCAGUUUCCUUGUUUUCCGUGACCUCCAGCAACUUGUUCCUGAAUUUGACGAGUUCAUGGAGGAAAAUGCGAAGAAUGCGCCUUUCGCUCAAGACCACGACAAGCCAGCUGAGAAGCUUGCUGCAUACUUGAUGGGAAGAUGGAAGAACGGAACCCCUGUGGAUGAGUCUCCUCACGAUGACUCGAACGAGGAGUCUAUUCACAUCGAACAACUUCGACUACCACCCCCUGACUUGGAGCACGACCAUGCUGUUAUUAUCCGCCGAGGAAUUCCAUAUGGCGACGAAGUCUCAGCCCAAGAAAUGACCAACCGGAAAUCGGCCGCCGACAAGGAACGUGGACUUCUGUUCGCCUGCUACCAGAGUGACAUCCGCAAUGGAUUCAACUUCUUGAAACUACCCGUAAGCACUCAAAUCUUGAACUCAGACAUGACGUUUGACAAAGGGGCCUCACUAACAUUUGACUUCUUCCAGGCUGGGCGAGCAACCACCACUUCCCCCGACCGCAAGAGUAACUUUGUCGGUGAUGAAGGUCCUGGUAUUGAUGCGUUUGUGGGCCAGAGACUGGACCACCACCCGCCUCGCUCUAUCGGUCUUCCCGAUGGCAAAUAUCCUACUGAGGCCCGCAUGCCCCUCGAUAGCUGGGUUGUUCCAAAGGGGAGGCGAUUACUUCUUUGUGCCUUCUAUUUCAACAUUGGAGAACGAGCUCACAGGCUCUGGCAUCUUUGA